UCAAUCUUCAUGUAACCUUCUAUCAUCGGUGAUCAAAUGUCUAACCGUUCCUUCAAGAACUUCAUAGAAGACGAACUUGGAACAUUCCCACACUUCUUCAUCUACGCAAUCCUCGAAUGGAUCAUCAUCAUCCUCCUCUUCAUAGACGGCUUCCUCGCCUUCUCAUCUAACCAAUUCUCCAAACUCUUCGACCUCAGAACCCCUUGCCUCCUCUGCACCAGACUCGACCAUGUUCUUGUCGGAACAAACCCUGACUUCUAUUACAACGACUCCAUCUGCGACUCUCACAAGAAGAACGUCUCUUCCCUAGCUUACUGUCAUGUCCACAAGAAACUCUCAGAGAUCAAAAGAAUGUGUGAAGGUUGUCUCCUCUCUUUCGCUACCGAGAAAGAAACGGAUGUUGAUACCUACAAGUCUCUCAUUGGUAUCUUACAUAAAGAUCUUGAGCUUCUUAUCGACGAUGAACAUCAGAAGGCGUUUCCGGUUACAGGUUCGAAGGUUGAUCAAUACCGAACCAACAACAGGUUUCAGGAGGAGCAGCAGCAGCGUUGUUCUUGUUGUGGAGAGUUGUUGAAGAUAAAAACCGAGAAACCGAAUAGUAGUAAUAACCGAUCUUUCUUCGCUGCUCCAAGUCCGUCUCCUAGAGUCUCAUUCAACCAAAGAACUAUGGAUUUUUCCAAAUACUCUGACUUGCCUGAGGAAGAAGAAGCUGUUAACACCAAAGACAUACUUGAUAGAACACCUAGUUUUGUAAGAGGAGGUAACAGUAGAUUCUUUUCUGAUUCAGCUCAGAACAGUCCACGCUGGUCUGUCCGGUCUAUGAAGAAGACUAUGAUUGAUCAGAAUGGUCCGGACGCCGAAGUGUUGGAUGGAGAUUCCAUACUUCAUCACUUAAACAGGCAGGUCAGGCUGGACCGGAAGUCGUUGAUGGAUUUGUAUAUGGAGCUAGAUGAAGAGAGGAGUGCUUCAGCUGUUGCUGCAAACAACGCCAUGGCUAUGAUUACUAGGCUUCAAGCGGAGAAAGCCGCGGUUCAGAUGGAGGCAUUGCAGUAUCAGAGAAUGAUGGAUGAGCAAGCGGAGUAUGAUCAGGAGGCUUUGCAGUCUAUGAGUGGUUUGUUGGUUAAGAGAGAAGAGGAUAUGAAAGAGCUUGAAGCUGAAAUUGAAGCUUAUAGAUUGAGAUAUGGAUUGUUGAUAGAAGAAGAUGAACAACAACAACAAGAUGGCAAAGAAGAAGUACAACAACAUCAAGACGGCGAAGGAGGAGAAGCAGAAGAGUUUCUUGAUGAAGAAAACAAUGAAACUAAACCGGAUUGUUCAUCAAAUCAUGAAGUAGAUUUGGAACAAAUGAAAGAUUCAGCUGAGGAGACUACAGCCAACAAUGGUGGGAUCAUAGAGGAAGAAAAAGAAAAUGGAAGCAGAAAAGAUAAGUUAGUGAAGGAGAUCUCAGAGAUUACAGAGAGACUAAUUGCCAUUGAAUCAAAGGGUGAAUUGUUGCAACAAAUUUCAAAUGUUGUAGAUGUUAGUGAAGGAGAAGCAAUACUAUUACAGAUAUCUCAGAAUCUGCACAUGCUUCGUAGUUUCAUUGAAAUGCCAUCAGAAUCAUAAAUGCUAACACUUGAUUCUUCUAUCAUACAUAAGAAGAAAUCAAAACAACAUGCUUGUA